GGUAUUUCUUGUUUCUUCUCCUACAAAAUAUUGAAACAGAUUGGAGUGCAGUAAUUUUUUAUGCCAUUAAUACUUUAAAUCAAAAGCUCAUUAACAUGGAGUCGUAUGAAAGUGUAUUACUGGUAAAAAAUGAAGUGUUUGUAUUUAAAAUACCCCCGAAAACUACCAAUAGAGGGUAUAGGGCGGCUGAUUGGAAUCUGCAGGAGCCUCAAUGGACAGGUCGUAUGCGACUGGUCGCAAAAGGCGAGGAGCUGAUAAUGAAAUUGGAGGAUAAAGCAUCUGGGGAGUUAUUCGCGAAAUGCCCCAUUGAUAAAUAUCCUGGAGUGGCCCUGGAAUCUGUUACCGACAGUUCACGUUACUUUGUCGUGAGGAUUCAAGAUGAUAAUGGGAGGACUGCAUACAUUGGUCUAGGAUUUGGUGACCGUUCAGACUCUUUUGAUCUCAAUGUAGCUUUACAAGACCACUUCAAGUGGCUGAGGAAGGAGCAGGAAGGGGAGCAGGCUCCUCAGCAGAAUCUGGACCUCGGGUUUAAGGAUGGAGAGACUAUAAAGAUCAAUAUGAAGAUUACAAAGAAAGACGGCAGUGAAGGAAGUAAGCCCAGGCGUGGUGUUGGGUCGGGCCUGGGUGGAGGCCUGCUGCCCCCGCCGCCCGGGGGGUCGGGGUCGCGUCUGCCGCCUCCACCGUCACCGCAGCAUGCCCCGUCACCAUCAUCUGCCGUGGCUGCUGCACCAGGAAACUCUGACUGGGGUGAAUUCAACUCGGCUAGUGCCCCAAGCCAAAAGCCGACUACACCUGCCAAUCAACAGAACUGGGUGCAGUUUUGAAGAUAGAAAAUGGGUUUGCAAGUAUUCUGUUGUCUUGUGUGAUUUGAUGCACAAUACUUACAUAAAUACUUAAUAUUAGGAGUAGCAUAUCAGUUGAUUGUAUAACGACUGAGUACAUUCCUGCGACAAUCAAUGGAUAGCAGCUGGUAUAGCAUAUUCAUUCAUAUUCUUUUGCUUUUAUUCAUUUAUUAGCAAACUGAAUUUCUGCAUGUAUAAUAAGAGUCUUAUGUUUAAGUUAUUGGCUUUUAGACUGUAAUAGUAUACCCACUAUAAUGUAGUAUUAUCUAUGUAAACAUAGAUAUUAAUAUAAAUAGCAUUGCUCAUAGUAGCUCUAUGUACUUGUGAAAUAUUUUUCUCAAUAUGUUUUUAGUUACAUCCUUUAAAAUUGAAUUAAAUGCUUAAAAACAGGCAUGGGGACAAAUAGACUUGUGUUCUGUCAUUACCUCAAUUUGGUACUUAAUGGUGUGAUUGUAAUAAGUACUUGUGGUCUUUGUCCCCUUUAUAAAUUUCAGUAAAUUAAAAUAUUAUACAAAAUAUACAUAUAAGCAAUGAAAGAGACACUCAGCUCAGCACUAUACAAUAAUGAAAGUAGCUUAUAUUUUUAUUUCCACUGGUUGAUGGAAUAUUAGAGUUACUUAAACUACGAAUUUUUGUCUACUAUUUAAUUGAGGCUGCCAUUAUGUUAUCAUCAUACAAAUCUUGGUAUUGUAAUGCAUUAUUUAAUUUUAAUUUUGUAACAAAUAUAAAAUUGCAUAGGUUACAUGCUACAAAUUCUUAUUUGGAGUUUUGGACCAUAUUAUAUGUUAUCCAUGUUACAGUCUGUCAAUAAUAAUGAAACGACAAUAACGAUUAGCAACAACUAAUUGCAAUAAGAUAAUUUUAUCAAUGCUAUAUUAUGUAUAAUAGUCCUCCUUAUGUUUUUGUUACAUAUGAAUGCUAUUUUAUUUACGUCAAAGUUAACGCAUUCACCAUAAAUUAUAUCAAUAGGUUCUUAGAACCUAAAUGGUAAUAUAGUGACGGCCUAACUUUAUUUUUAGUAUCUAAAUGUACCUAAUUUUAAGGUAAAAUAAAGAAUAGAUACCAGAUCACAAUAUUCUUAAGAAUUAUGCAAUAAUAUUUAACGUGAAUUAUUAUAUAUUUCUUGUCUGUAUAUGUUGUAACACAUGUAAAAUUAUACAUAUUUAUGGAAAAGUAGAUAUAGUUUUUUGCCUAUUGUUGUUGAUGUCGUUGUUAAGAGGCAUGUCAUAGACUUUCUAUGUAAAUAGUUAAUUUACACAUUACAUUCGAAGUAGAUGAGGUACAUUAUCACUGUGUACAAAAGUUAAUGUUUUGCUUAGAAAAUGUUAUGAUAUAGACCUUGGACGAACAAACUCUGGUCGCCCAAGGAUUAGAUCUGUAUUUUGUCAUUCUCAAGAGAUGUACAAACAUAAUAUUAUUAUACAAUAAAAAAUCUAAACUACA